AAUAUAGUGACAACAGAAAUCCGAUAAUUAAAAAAAAAGAGAAAAAAUAUUCAACGUUUAAAUAUUACAAAGAUCAUGAUCAUAUCGAUAGUAAAGAAAUCACGAAUUAGAAGAAACGAAAUACGUUGUAAUUAAAUGUACACGUUUUUCUUAUUCCUGGGAAAAAAAAAUUUGUAGACGAUACUUGAUCAUAGUACAUCGACGACGAUGUGGGAGAGAACGAUACGUAACAACAACUGUAUUGCGUAUGAAUGAAUUGUUGCUCUAUACCACUAAACUCUAACUCUCGUAAAUAAUUGGUCAAUAGUGAGAAUAUGUGUUUUUACUACACCGUCAAUCGUGUUUCGCGUUUAUGAGAGCUCAUCGAUGCCGGUCGAACAACGAAUUAUAUAGAAAACAUGCAUAUCAUAGGUUAGAAAGAGAAAGAAGGAAAAAAUGUCGGAACGUGUACGAGGUUAGCCGAAGAUAACGAUACGAAGCUAGAGCCGAGUCUAUAACGAAAUGGACCGAGUUUUCACGAGUAUGAACGAACCGUAGCGAACGCGAAGACACGAUGUAUUAUAAAACAAGGAAGGAGGAGGAACGUCGACGUUAGGAACGACUUUUCGAGAGGAUAGAUUUAAUGGUAGCGUUAUCCACGUGUUGUUUUUCCAAGGCUGCGGCCUUCAGGGCCGUCAUACUUGGUGCCCCUGCUUCCGGAAAAGGUACGAUCUCCUUAAGGAUCAUCGAACAAUUCAACAUAAUACAUAUUUCCAGUGGGGACAAAUUACGUUUGCACGUGAAGAAUGGUACAGAAUUGGGCAAAGAGGUGAAGAAAUAUUUAGACAGUGGAAGUUUCGUGCCAGACAAAACGAUGAUUUCCUUAAUCGAGAAAGAAAUUGAAGUUGUAGGAAAUCGUAAUUGGCUGUUAGACGGAUUCCCAAGAACGUUGACUCAGGCGGAAAUGCUGCAUAGAAUUCAACCGGUGAAUCUUGUCCUGAAUCUAAUCGUACCUACAUCCGUGAUUUUAAAUCGUGUGAAGAAUAGGUGGGUCCAUUUGCCAAGCGGAAGAAUUUACAAUAUAGGAUUUAAUGAUCCCAAAGUACCGGGUAAAGACGAUGUGACUGGUGAACCACUUAGCCAAAGAGAGGACGACAAACCGGAAGUAGUACAUAGAAGAUUAGAAGAAUAUUCUGCAAAGACCAAACCGGUGAUAGACUUUUACAGUAAUCUUGGAAUACUUAAGAAUUUUCGGGGUAACACUACCGAUAAAAUAUGGCCUUCGAUCAAUGAAUGUAUUGAACAAUUUUUAUAAUAUUCCUUGACACCAAA